CGCAAUUCGCAACAACAUCUUGUUCAUCUUCUAUGUCUCAACUUGACAUCACCAUUCAUCGACUGACUCUCUCACUCACGGGGAUAGUCGAAACCCUAAACCCUCCCUCUCUCCCUCAAGGCGUGUUUUCUCAAUUCCUUUCCUCAAACUCACACUGCAACCCAUCUUAUUUCCUUUUCAAAACCUAGAUUUCUCAAUUCUUCUGUUACGCGCGUUAUUUAUGGCUUCUUCUUCUUCUUCGGUAAUCACUCCCGAAGAUGUUUUGGAGUCGCUCAUGAACGACGGAACAAUUGAUGCCCUCAGAUUGAAGAUCAUCAACCAGCUCAAAGCCAAUGAGGAACUGAAGAGUACUACUAUAAAAAUGGCUGAACAGAGUAAGGUUCUCAACACCCCUGGUGCUGAGAAACAGACUAAAAGAGAGCUCUUUGACGCCCUUCGCCAAGAACUCGAAGCUUCUGUACUUGAGAAAGCUUCAAAAUCAGUAUGGGAUUUAAUUUUAGACAACAAUGGCCUGGGAAAGGAGAUAAGUGAGACAGUUGAAAGAGUGUUUUGCCGAUUGAGUGGCCAGGAACCUCCUUUAUUUCCGCUUCUAAAUGGAGAACCACAACCUGAUAAGGAGGCUGACAGCAGAAAAGAAAAAGGUAAAGGAAAGCAGAAAGAAAAUGAGAAUACAAGUUUGAUCACUCCAUUGAAGAAAAGAAGCUUCAGUGAAGUGAAUUCGGAUGGUGCAGAUGAAACUACCACCAGGACCUCCGAUCCUGCAGCAAUAUCAGAAGGUUCUGGCAAAACGCCUUUAUUGAUUUCAAAGACUUGACAAGUGAGUUCAACAAGUGGUGUAAUGGAAGUGAUCACAUCUGGUAAAUAUAUUGUAGCAAUUGUAGGACUUCACUGGAGUUCAGAAAAAUUGUUUCAGCCAUCGAAGUUGUGUAUUAUGCCUCAAACACCUCGUAUGCCUUACAUAUAAUUUACAAGCUUGAAUGAUGAAACUUCACCGAAGUCUGUUGCCACCAAUUUUUCAUCGUUAAACUUGUGAAGGCUAGGAAAUGUGAGGAUUGUAGUUUGAAUGUCAUGUUUAGGGCUCUGUUUAGUGCUAUGAGAAAUAUUAGCAAUACUUAUUUUUAACUUAAUACUUGUUUGGGCAAAUUCUAGAGUGUGUAGGAGGUGCGUUGCACAAAUGAUUGCAAAAAAAGUUACAUUUUAAUCUUUGAA